GUAAGCGGUCUCUGGGCGUGCAGCCAGCUGGCGUGUGUGUGUUUUUUGAAUGAAUACCUGAUGAAGUUGGCCGAGCAAACCGUGGGAGGGGCCCUAUGAGAGUGUGUGUGUGUGUGUGUGUGUGUGUGUGUGUGUGUGUGUGUGUGUUUGUGUGUGUGUAGGGUAGACAGUGUGAGAGCUCUGGCUAGCAUUCAACCCCUUGCAUAAUACACGUUGGAGCUCAGCAUGCGGGACUCCCUCCCUGUGGGCGUGUGCAAGUUUGUGCUACCAAUUUUUGCGUGUGUGUGUAUGCGCACGUGCGUGAUCACCUUUGCUGUGUGUCAGUGGUAGUGAGGGAGCUUCCUGCCCCGCUGUCAAGAUUUAGUAGAAGGUCGUUGGCUGUGUGUGUGUGUGAAUGUGGAUGGGUGUGUGUGUUUGUGUGUGUGUGUGUGGAGGGUGAGAAAGGCUGAGAGCAGUUUGUAGCACAAGUACACUGAAUCUGCUUGGGAUUUUCCGCUUGAGGGGGAGAGAGGGAGACGGAGUGAGACUCAGGGUGCUUUACAAGGGACACGACAGAGCAGGAGAAGAAGAGGGGAGUGAAGGGAGGAGAGGAAUGAGAGAGAGGGAGAGCAUGCUGCAGAAGUGGGCAUCUCCUGCUACCCUGGUUUGAGCUGCGUGUGGGCAGGCUUGCUUUUGCAAGGAAAUGAUUCCGCAUGAAGUGCGACGCACUCGGCCCCCUGUCGUCAUCGGCGGCAGCAGCAGGUGUGAUGUCGUAACAUUCUCCCCCACCACACUGAGCUCACCCCUCAGACGCUAAAGACCCCUGGACCGAACAGACCGCCCUACCCUUCCCCUCUUAACCAUCCCUCCAUAUCUUCUUCUCCAUCUUUAAUCCUUCUUCACCUGCUCCUAAGGGCCUGGAUUUUCUUUGUUAUCAAGAAAAGACCUGAUAAUCAACGGCCUCGGCUGAGCUGUAUAGAGACCGAAAAAGAAACAAGAUUAGGAAGGUUAUUUUAUAGCUAAUUAAAGUGAGACAAAGGACAGAAAAUCAAAAGUGAGAAAAAGAGAAAGGAAAGUAAAAUAGAAAGUCAAAAAUUGGGGGGAAACAAAGAAGAAAGAGAAAGCUAAAAAGUCUCAAAGUUGAGGAAGGAUAACGGAAGUACAGUUGAGGGACGAGAGGCGAAAUCAUGAAGUCCAACCAUGAACGCAGUAAUGAAUGUCUGCCCCCAAAGAAGAGGGAGAUCCCCGCAUGCACUUUCCCAUCUGAAACCCGUUCAAUCACCAUGCCACCUGCCAGUGACAGUCAGCGCUCAGAGAACAUGGCCUGGCUUGCCAGUGUGGCUGGGAAUGAGAGCAGCGUGGGUGGGCACCGUAGCUCCAGUCAUUCUGAUGGGCACCAUUAUAAAUCGCUCUCCUCCACAUCAGACUCUUCAACCUCCUCUUCGUCACUGAGGCUGGUCUCAUCUCUUCCCACAGUUUAUACAUCCCCCUUGUCACAAUCUACAGUUGGCGGAACUGUCCAUUACACCCAACUGCCUCACAAUCUGCAGUUCAUAACGUCACCUUACACUGCCCCGUACGCAGGCUACAUCUCCCCUCAACUGCUCCCACCUCCUCCUCCACCUCCCCCCCUCUCCUUGUCGUCGUCGUCCCACUCUAUGGCCGCACAGAGACCCUCACACACAGAGACAGCCUCUGCUCCUUCGCAGGCCUCCAAGCAUGACCAGCACAGAGCGUCCAGUGGGCGGACCUCCAUGCCACCGCCUUCUACAGACCCCCACCUUCACCAUACUCACAUGUCCACUUCCCUACGGACUGUCCCGUCAACUCAUCACCAAGGAGGCAUUCACCUCUCUCCCCAGUCGCUGCACCACCAUCAUACUUUGGGUCAUGGAAUGUCCCAGGUUUUGGUGCAGUACAUGGACGGAUCCAACAGGAACGAGGACGGUGGCUCUAGACACAGAGAGCUUCACAAUGGAGAGCUGGAAAGGGGCCGGCGGUUUGGAGCAUCCCCUGAGUUCAGCCUCUCCAAGUCGGGGAACAAAUCACGGGAUGUCAAUUCUUCUUUGACCUCUUAUGAGGCCCACCAGCUGGUCCUGCCAUCUGAAUACUCUACCCAUGAUCCCUCAGGGCUGAGAACCUCUGUUAUGCUAAUGCACAACAGCCAUGGAGACCACCAGCUGGUACCACCCAGAGCCAGCCCUGAGAAGCUGACAAAUUGUUCCCCCGCACACUUGGAGAAAGGUGGCAUCAUCCUGGGCAAGCCAGUCAAUCGCACAUCAUCCUCCUCCAAUAACACCUCCUCGUUCACGUUUCCAACACCAUUGAGUGUAGACAGUCUGAAAGCUGCUGUACGUACACUCUCCCCCCAGACCGUUAUCCAGACCACUCACAGUGCCACAGAGGCACUUUCAAUGGGGCUCCCCUCCAGCAGUAUCUACCCCCAGGCACCUAUCAUCGGUUACAUCGCAGGGGGCAGCGGAAGCCAGCAUACGUCAAUCAGCUACCACACCAGCCUACAACAACACUUACUCAUUCCUGGUGCCCAACCAGUCAUAAUCCCUGUUAGUGGAGGUGGAGUCACCACAUUGGAACCUGUAACCUCCCACAUGACAUCAUCCACCCAAGCUUCUUUUCCUAGCGCACUCCCACACACGUACAUUGCUGCCAGCGCUCCCAAAGGAGAGACUCUUGUAACCUCCAGUGGCUCGUACCACCAGGUCGCUUCAGGUGCAGUGGUCCCAGCCCAGCUUCAUCUCCCCAUUGUUUCCGCGCCACAAGGUUUGGUCGCUCCUUCUGCUCCUCCUCCCCCGUCCAAUACGGUGGCGCCUCCCUCACUCCCCCCAUAUUUCAUCAAGGGCUCCAUCAUCCAGCUGGCCGACGGGGAGCUGAAGCGCGUGGAGGAUCUGAAGACAGAGGACUUCAUCCAGAGUGCCGAGAUCAGCAAUGAACUGAAGAUCGACUCGUCCACGGUGGAGCGCAUCGAAGGCAGCCACACCUCACCCAACGUAGCUGUGGUUCAGUUCUCUGUUGGUGAGCACCGUGCACAGGUAAGCGUGGAGGUCUUGGUGGAGUAUCCCUUCUUCGUCUUCGGCCAGGGGUGGUCUUCGUGCUGCCCGGACCGGACCACCCAGCUUCUGGAGCUGCCUUGCACCAAGCUUUCUGUGGGCGACGUUUGUAUUUCACUUACCCUCAAGAACCUGAGGAACGGAUCUCUGAAGAAGACUCAGCCCCUCGAGCUGGCCACCCCGGCCUGUGUCCCAGCCUCAAGCCACGGGCACCUCAAACCCCCCAGAGCUGUUUAUGACACUCCGCAGAUCUUUAGGCACAACGAGCGGGAGAAUGGCAUCAGCCAGCGGGGAAGUGGGAAUGGGAGCGGAGGAGGGGGCCCUAAUGUGGAAAACGGGGAUGGAAUGUUUGGGGAAAGAUGCGCAGUUUCUAAAGGUCAGGCUGCCAGCAUCCCAAAAACCGGCAGGAAGCGGAGGUGGUCUGCCCCUGAGGGUCGGAAAGUGGAGAAAACAGAAGAGGAGCCACCUUUGACCCUGCCCAAACCUUCCUUCAUCCCUCACGAGGUGAAAAUAAGCAUCGAGGGAAGGUCGAAUAUUGGCAAGUGAAGGCUAACAGGACUGUUAAUAACCCCUGGGAUUCGGGGAAAAAAAAUGAUAAAAGGACUCUGCAAAGAAAAAAACAUGAAUGCCCACAUUAAUGUUUCAUGUCUUGGUUUUAAAGUUUUGUUUUAGUUUUAUUUUUCUCUUGAAUACUGUACUGUAGAGGUAAAUUUACCCUACAUGGUAUCACCUUACAUUAAGUCCAUGUAGUCUAUAACACAUUUAUAUAGGUGGAUUUCCUAUCACACACGCAAUCAGUGCCGUUUUGGUGGUUUUCAUGAGAUGACUUAUGGUGAGAGAUUUGUGAAGUGUGCUAAAUGUUGAUCGGUGGCUGUGUGGCACACGGGAGCGAUGCAGGAGGAUUCUGCUCGGCUGCACUUUACACAUUAUGUCAAUUUCAAAUUGAAUUUGUGCACAGUCAGCUUCUCGACAGUCUCUGAGCACUGCUAGUGAGGCUGCCCAGACGGAAACACGUUCCCACCAUCUCCUGCCACGCUGGUGGUUUCACACUGGACCACAGGAGAGAUAUAACAUCAGAUGAUCCUGAGCAUGAUAAAUUUUAAACAUUUUUCAUUUGCUUAAUCUGAGUGGGAGUCAGUGUGUAAUUCAGACUGUGUCUCAAUUCAGGGGCUGCCUCCUUCUUAGGACAUGGAGGUGGUCUAUGUUGCCCACGUAGACCACGAAGGAGUCUUUGUCUCUCCGGGAUGGAAGGAUGCAUUUGUAGUAGCUGUCUAGUGACGCUGCUGUGACGCGAUCGGUCUUCAAAUGCAGCCUCCAAAGGAAGCGGCCCCUAAAUCGAGACACAGCUACCGUGUCACCGUCAUGUGCCAGACCUGAUCUGUGAUGUCAAGACCUGAUUGACAUCAAGAAGCGCCAGUGUGCCACACAACAGAGAGGGAACAACACCUACUCUGUUCAGGUUGACGACAGUGGAGUCUUUACUUUCAUCUUUAGCGUUUUUGUUUUUUUCACUCAGACCCUCUUGUCUUCUAUCUCUGCAGUUACUUGUUGUCACUGAUUGUCAGGAACCUUAAUCAGGGGUCUGUUAGUCAUAGAUCGAACGUGUUUGGGUUAAUGUAAAAAUGUGCGAGACCCUAACCUAAUACAAGUGCAAACCCACCAGGUUGAACUGAGGGAAAGUUAAGAAGAAGACCUGCACACAGUCCUAAUUGUGUUUUGAUGAAUUACUUUAUAUUUUUUUAAGCAGAAAAGGCUGUGUGACAGGAACCGAGAGAAUCCGCAUGUCAGGUCUGAGAGGGUCAGGAUGUUUCAAAGCAUUUAACACACCUGUCACACUCACCAUACGGCCGACAGAUUUUACUUGUCUCUUUAUUUACACAGUACUGUAUGUGUUUAGAUUAUUUUUGUUGUUGUUAUUUAGACAAGGGUAGAAAGUAGCAAACAGCACUUUGGAAAGGUGAAGCUUUAGGAAAAGUGAAGGGGUCGUUUGGUAACGUGGGAGCGGAUGUGCCAUGGGAUUACAAAAAGGAAUGACAGGUGUUGGAGAAAAUUCCAGUCAGUAGAUGGUCUGAGGAAACUUGAAGGUGGAGUUAGAAAUAACGAUGGGUUUUUUGGAGCAUGUGCGCCAUUGUAUUAGGAAUGUGUUUUGAACGGUUGAGAUUGGGCGUAAAAAGAUUUAAAAAGGAAAGAGCCUUCGAAAAUAUCCCAAUGAUGUUCUGUACCAGACUGAGAGCAACGACUAGAAGCUCACGCCACAGAAUUUUUGAAGGGUGUCAUAUAUUUGUAAUGUAUGUGCGUAUGCUAGAGUGUGCAUGAUGCUGGUCUGUGUCUGUCCAUACACACACACACACACACACACACACACAUGCGAACACAAACACAGAACAUCUCUAAAACUUAAUGACCUACAAUAAUUCUUUAUUUGUUGUGAAGCAGUUGCUGAUUUUGUCCCUACUGCAAAAACACUAGUGGACUGAUAUUGAAUGGAGGCACACUGCAAACAGUACAGAUGUAAAGGAAGUGUUUGUGUACAUGUGUGAGUGUCUGUAUGAGUAUAUGUAUACUGUGUAUAGGAAGAGGACAUACUCAUUUGAUAUAUAGACAAUACUAAAUGUCCAGUGUUUCGACUUGGAGUCUUUUACUUAAGAGAAUAUUGCGAUUUGCACAUCAGGAGGAGGGAGUUCGGUGGAGACGUGAUUUUAUGUUGUUGUUUUGACGGCCCUGUCCUGAAAGGAGCCCUAGACCGUGCAACACACUGGAGGAGACGAGGGUUUUUUUUUGUUUUGUUCCUCAACAGGCACUUAUCACAUAUUCGAGGAAAAGAGUUUCUGCAUCAGUUAAGGUCAAAUUACUUUGGAGUUUUUAGGUGUAACGCAGAUUUGUAACACGUGCCUGCCUACUGAAUUUGUUUGAAGAUGAAGUGACGUAAUGUGUCUCGAGGAGACUCUCGCUCUGCUGUGGACGCCGACGUGUCCAGGGUGUGGGGACGAGGGUUCAGCUGAAAUGCUAAGAUGUAGCAGUUACCUCAACAGAUGUGCUUGCUGGGUUGACCCAACGUUCAUUGCUCUGUAAGCAACUGAUUGAAUGUUAUUACCGGCUCUUUCUUCAUAUGUAAAAGUUUGAGUUUUAAAGUGUAAUGAGAAGUUUGUACAGCAAAGUGUAAUAUAAAUUAUGUUUUCAUUAAACAUUUGAGGGAAAGGAAAGUGGCAGUUUUUAAAAGUGUCAUAAUGGACACUUUUAAAAACUGCGGAUACAGGGUCACCAAUAAGUAGGGCACUGGCCCUACUUAAAUCUGAUUGGCCCCUGAAGUGCCCCUGUCCUGUUUUCUUUGAAUAAACUAGUCAUUUAAUAACAUUAAAUAUGACAGUUUAAGAAUUUUACUUUCUAAACUUUUUGGAAGUAAACAAUGUGCCUGAACAAGGAACAAUUUUCAAAAUAUAUUAAUUGAUGUGUGACUUUGCUCAAAGCUAUAGAGCUAACAGUAAACAAGAAAUUACUUAAAUGGUUGUUGGACAUAGAUCCAGCCCCUCUGUGUAAAUCGUGGCCCCCCUUUAUGGCCCCCAAUUUGUAAAAAAUGCCUUGAUCCACCCCUGCACAUGUGGUCUUGGAUUCAUUAAGUUCUGAUCACAUGUAAUGUAUAAAUAUUUCCCUCUUGCUGCAUGUGACAGUUCACUAUGAUCGUGCACUGCUGCCAUGUUAUCAAGCACAGGUUGCACACAACACUUCCUGCAGGCAUAUCUGUUGAGUUUCCUUCUCGGCCUCUGUAUUAAGACGUGGUUCAUUGGCAGUGUCAUUGAUUAACCUCUCAAGGAGUGGAUCAGUCGUAUUUUCAUCCCAUUGAUAACACUGAGCAGGAGGCUAAGUGACUGAGGGGCAGCACUGUUCCAGGGUGAUGGUGGGAUCGACUCAGAUGGAUGAGAGAUGGAUGUGUAGGUGGAUGAGUAAAUGGGCAGAUGGAUGGCGAUGGGGAGCGAAUGAGAUUUGAAAAUGUUUUUUGUUUUUUUUAUAUUAAACAAGGUUUGUCAGAUUAACACCGCCACAGUAGUGCAUUUUAAUUUCUUCCUUUUCCUACUGACACAUCACAAUCAUUAGUGGUAGCAGUUGUAGUGCGCGCGUUCAUGUUUUGCAAUGUGUGUGUGUGUGUGUGCGAGGCCGUGUCUUUUUAAAUGUACGUACUUGUCCUUUUUUUGCCUUCGUCCACCCCUCCUCCUAACGAAUGAAAAAGCAAACAUACAAACUCACCUGUCAACCACUCGAUCCAUCCAAACUUUCAUAGUCGGUCAGGUAAAAACAACAAGAAGACAUUUUGAGCCAAAGCCAAGUGAUGCUGUCGUUGCUUUGGUUACUUAAGAAAGCAAUAGUAUUCAGGCAUUCUCCUCAUGUGUGUGUGAGUGGAACACACGCACACGCACCAAUCCUUUGCAAUAAACAACAAUAAUAACCAUCAAGUAUC